AUGAUAAACUCCCAGGUAGUCUUAUUGGCGCAGCAACAUCAACUUUGCAUCACCCAUCUGCAUCACCAGUUGGAGCAAGAUGUCUGGCAACGGACACUUGAGUCUCUUUUUUCCCAGGACUCCGCCAACAAAAACCAAGAGAUUGAGGAUGCUGUCAUGUUAUUCAUGGCCAUGGCGUACUUUGGGACUCCCAUGCCUGGGCUGCCUUGUGGAAGUCAGCAAUUGGGCUUUCAUCACAACCAUGGGUAUUGA